AUAUGGAACAAGGAAGUCAUGAGCAGAAGGGUGUGGUCGACUAACGGUUCUUAAUGGUUCCUGACUGACACACAGAGGAAAGAGACCGUGGAUGCUGCUCUGGAACGAGCUCUGGAACUACGCGACAACUCAGGAUGGACACCAAGAUUCAGCUGAGCUCGAUGGCAAUAUGUCUGUUUCUCACACUACCAGGUGUGCCUACACAUGCCUCCUGUCCUGUUGAGCUCAACCCUCCCAGAGUAGUGGUGAGAUAUGGAGACUCCGUCUCAGUCAACUGCACCACAUCCACAGACCCCGAGGGGAUGGGGUGGGAGGUCACGUUCGGAGGUAUAGGUUUGCAAGAAAAUGUCAACUUUGUCACCUGGACUGUGGGAAGCCUUAUGGACUGGACAAUAGAACCUAAAUGCUACAUCAAUCCACAAAAUGGAAGUCAGUGUACUGAGAUUCUCCCUGUCAUUCUCUACAUGACUCCAGACAGCGUGUCUAUCUCUCCUCUGAGCCACUCUGGUCCAAUGAUGGAGGGGAAGGAGUACCAGCUGGAGUGCGACAUCCAGAACAUCGCUCCUCUACAGAACCUGGUUGUGAGGUGGUACAAAGGCAAUGAAACUAUAGAGACUCAAAGGUUUAAUGACUCCACAAAGGAACUAGUGAAUAUGUCCUCCACUAUCACCAUCACCCACAGAAGAUAUGAGGGUGAAGUGGAGUACAGAUGUGAGGCAGAGCUGGACCUGGGACCAGAGGGACCAAAACCUUCUGCCUUGUCAUCAAAACCUCUUAAUGUUACUGUUUACUCUCACACAAACAAGUCAACAACACCCACGGCUAAGUCCUUAACGACCGCAGAUGCAAGGUGGGAUGAACCAUUCAAUUAUGACUACCACUUCCUCCGUGUUGUCGGUCUGUCUAUGGCUGCAGUGCUCUUCAUCCUGGGUAUUAUGGUCAUUAGCUGUGAUAAAGUAUGCCGGAAUCCUAGGUGUCAUGUGGGCACAGGGAAGUCGUACCAAGUGGCCAGAGAGUAGUGAGGGAACAAACGUGUUACUGAGUGGCCUCAAGACACCAGAAGAGUUCAUCAGAGGGACAUGGUGAAACAACAGUGAUGCAACAGACCUUAUCGGCCAUGUGCGUGUGUGUGUGUGUGUGUGUGUGUGUGUGUGUGUGUGUGUGUGUGUGUGUGUGUGUGUGUGUGUGUGUGUGUGUGUGUGUGUGUGUGUGUGUGUGUGUGUGUGUGUGUGUGUGUGUGUGCGUGCGUGCGUGCGUGCGUGCGUGCGUGCGUGCGUGCGUGUGUGUGUGUGUGUGUGUGUGUGUGUGUAUGUGUGUGUGUGUGUGUGUGUGUGUAUGUGUGUGUGUGUGUGUGAAAACGUUGGACAAAACUCUGCGUCUGUCAUUUCAGAGAUAAGAACGUGAGAUGUGUUUCAGGUGCCUUUCCCACAGACUGCCUGUGAGACUCACUCAACAUGAUCAACUGACCCUCCCUCACUCUUCUGAAGACUUACCUGUAGUUUUAAAUGCAGUUUUAUUAUACUUUGGCAAUCAUGUUUCUAUGUAUAUUUUCAAAUGCUUACAACAUGUUACAGAAUACAUACUGUAGAUGUUACGUAGCUCAGAGGCGCCCCCAAGAGCACUGGAAGAGGUAUUGAUCCUUUUUUUCUCAUAUCCCAGAGACAGCAAAUUUCUUGCCUAGCUUUUCACAGAUUUCAUGUUGAUUUUAUCUGUAGAUUUGUCACCAACGUGGAUGACAUUUUCUCUAAUAAAUCACAUACAUGUCCUGUU